UUUUUUUUUUGGCGCGGCGGGGGCGCGGCAGCACCGUAUCUCUACCCCCCCUUUUGGCUCACUCCUUAGCAAGGGGCUAGGGGAAGGCAGGAGCCGGAAAUCAGAGUUGGCCCUGUGACACCCCGCACCGAGGGGCACCAUGACCGAGGAGAGCGCCGACGUCCCCAGGGAGCUUCUAGAAAGCAUAAAGGAUGUUAUUGGCAGGAAGAUAAAGAUUGCAGUGAAGAAGAAAGUAAAGCUGGAAGUUAAGGGAGAUAGAGUUGAAAACAAAGUGCUGGUGCUCACGUCAUGCCGGGCCUUCCUGCUGACCGCGCGUAUCCCCACCAAGCUCGAGUUGACCUUCAGUUACCUAGAGAUCCACGGCGUCAUGUGCACCAGGCCAGCACAGAUGGUUGUGGAGACGGAGAAGUGCAACAUUUCCAUGAAGAUGGCGUCGCCGGAGGACGUGAGCGACGUCCUGGGUCACAUUGGCACCUGCCUGCGGAGGAUCUUCCCCGGCCUCUCGCCUGUGAGAAUCAUGAAAAAGGUCUCCAUGGAGCCGUCUGAGCGCCUAGCCAGUCUGCAGGCUCUGUGGGACAGCCAGACCGUGGCCGAGCAGGGGCCCUGUGGUGGAUUUUCUCAGAUGUAUGCGUGUGUCUGUGACUGGCUUGGAUUUUCAUACCGGGAGGAAGUCCAGUGGGAUGUGGAUACGAUUUAUCUGACACAAGACACCAGGGAGUUGAAUUUACAAGACUUCAGUCACCUCGACCACAGGGACCUAAUACCUAUCAUUGCUGCAUUGGAAUAUAAUCAGUGGUUCACAAAGUUGUCCUCCAAGGAUCUGAAACUGUCCACGGAUGUCUGUGAACAGAUCUUGAGGGUGGUGAAUAGGUCCAAUCGACUGGAAGAAUUGGUGUUGGAAAAUGCUGGACUUAGAACAGAUUUUGCACAAAAACUGGCCUUCGCUCUGUCGCAUAAUCCCAACUCAGGACUCCACACAAUCAACCUUGCCGGCAAUCCGCUGGAAGACAGAGGUGUGUCCUCUUUAAGUAUUCAGUUUGCCAAACUCCCAAAGGGAUUAAAGCAUUUAAAUUUAUCUAAAACCUCAUUGUCACCUAAAGGGGUGAACAGCCUUUCUCAGUCCCUCAGUGCCAACCCGCUGACUGCCUCCACCCUCACCCACCUGGACCUCUCAGGGAACGUCCUUCGCGGAGAUGACCUCUCGCACAUGUAUAAUUUUUUGGCCCAGCCAAAUGCCAUCACUUAUUUGGAUUUAUCCAAUACAGAAUGUUCCCUGGACAUGGUCUGUGGUGCUCUGCUCCGAGGAUGCCUCCAGUACCUAGCUGUGCUCAAUCUCUCCAGAACGGUCUUCUCCCACCGGAAAGGAAAAGAAGUGCCGCUGUCUUUCAAGCAGUUUUUUAGUAGCUCUCUAGCACUGAUGCAAAUCAACCUUUCUGGCACAAAGCUGUCUCCGGAGCCCUUAAAAGCGCUGUUGUUGGGCCUGGCUUGUAAUCAUAAUUUGAAGGGAGUUUCACUGGAUCUCAGCAACUGUGAGCUGCGAUCAGGAGGAGCUCAAGUCUUAGAAGGCUGCAUUGCUGAGAUCCACAACAUCACCAGCUUAGACAUCUCCGACAAUGGUCUAGAAUCUGACCUAUCUACUUUAAUAGUGUGGCUGAGUAAAAACAGAUCAAUCCAGCACCUGGCACUGGGCAAAAAUUUUAAUAAUAUGAAAUCCAAAAAUCUGACACCUAUCUUGGACAACUUAGUGCAGAUGAUUCAAGAUGAAGACUCACCUUUGCAGUCCUUGUCCCUGGCCGACUCGAAACUCAAGACCGAAGUGACCAUUAUUAUCAACGCCCUGGGAAGCAACACCUCCCUCACCAAGGUGGACAUCAGCGGGAAUGGGAUGGGGGAUAUGGGAGCAAAGAUGCUGGCCAAGGCCCUGCAGAUCAACACCAAGCUCAGGACCGUGAUAUGGGACAAGAACAAUAUUACCGCACAAGGCUUUCAAGACAUAGCUGUUGCCAUGGAAAAGAACUACACAUUGAGGUUUAUGCCUAUUCCCAUGUAUGACGCUUCUCAAGCUCUGAAAACGAACCCUGAAAAAACAGAAGAGGCUUUGCAAAAGAUAGAAAACUAUCUGCUGCGGAAUCACGAGACUAGAAAAUACCUUCAGGAGCAGGCCUACCGCCUCCAGCAGGGCAUUGUCACCAGCACGACCCAGCAGAUGAUUGACAGAAUAUGUGUGAAAGUACAAGAUCAUCUCAACUCUUUGCGAAACUGCGGGGGAGAUACUAUCCAAGAAGAUUUAAAAUCAGCAGAACGGCUCAUGCGUGAUGCAAAGAACUCUAAGACGUUGCUACCAAAUCUGUACCACGUUGGUGGUGCGUCUUGGGCAGGAGCCAGUGGGUUGUUAUCCAAUCCCAUUCAGGAAACGCUGGAAUCGAUGGCGGGAGAAGUUACGAGAGUUGUAGAUGAACAACUAAAGGCUCUGCUUGAAUCCAUGGUUGAUGCUGCCGAGAGCCUUUGUCCCAAUGUGAUGAGAAAAGCCCACAUUCGACAAGACUUGAUUCACGCCAGCACCGAAAAGAUUUCCAUUCCACGCACCUUUGUUAAGAAUGUCCUGUUGGAGCAGUCUGGAAUUGAUAUCCUUAACAAAAUUAGCGAAGUGAAGCUGACGGUGGCCUCCUUCUUGUCUGACCGGAUUGUGGAUGAGAUCCUGGAUGCCCUCUCACACUGCCACCAUAAGCUGGCUGAGCACUUCAGCAGACGUGGCAAGACCCUUCCUCAGCAGGACUCCCUGGACAUCGAGCUGGCUGAGGAGAAGCCAGCAAAGCGCUCCCUCCUCACCGUGGAGGAGCUGACAGAAGUAGAGCGUUUAGAAGACCUGGAUACGUGUAUGAUGACUCCUAAAUCCAAAAGGAAGAGUAUCCACAGCCGAAUGCUGCGGCCUGUUUCCAGGGCUUUUGAGAUGGAGUUUGACCUGGACAAAGCACUGGAAGAGGUGCCGAUUCAUGUGGAAGACCCGCCCUACCCUUCCACCAGGCAGGAGAAGCGGAGCUCAGGGUUCAUCUCUGAGUUGCCCUCUGAGGAGGGCAGGAAGUUGGAGCACUUUACCAAGCUGAGGCCAAAGCGCAACAAGAAGCAGCGACCCACGCAGGCAGCGGUUUGUGCUGCUGCCAUCGUCUCCCAAGAUGGGGAGCAGAAUGGUCUAAUGGGGAGAGUGGAUGAAGGCGUAGAUGAAUUUUUUACUAAGAAAGUGACCAAAAUGGAUUCCAAGAGGUCGUCCACGAGAGGCUCAGAGUCCCACGAGCUUAGUGAAGGAGGGGAUGAAAAGAAGAAGCGAGAUUCUCGGAAAAGUGGCUUUCUCAACUUAAUCAAGUCCCGGUCCAAGUCUGAGCGACCCCCAACGGUCCUGAUGACGGAAGAGCCCUCCUCACCAAAAGGAGCCCUGAGAAGCUCAGCUGCAGACACCCCCAGGAGGGAGCUGAAGGCCUCGGAGCACAAUGGGAAUUCCGAGCGCACAGAAGAGCUGAAGACGCCCGACUCCCUUGAAGAGAGCCCAGGAGAGGAAGUGGGGCGUGUGGAGCGUCAGGACAGCCGGAGCAGCCCACAGGGGGGGCGCAGGUACGGCGUCCAGGUCAUGGGCAGUAGCCUGCUGGCCGAGAUGAAAGCCAAGCAGGAGCGGAGAGCUGCGAGCGCGCAGAAGAAGCUUGGGAAUGAUGCCAUGGCCCAAGAUUAUCCAAGCCCAGCUUUGAGCAGCAUGGAACGGCUGGAUGGAGGUGGGGCAGUGCCUAAACUGCACCCAGGCCUUCCAGAGAACCGCUUUGGUUUGGGAACUCCAGAAAAGAAUGCCAAAGCAGAGCCCAAAAUGGAGGCAAGCUCGAGGUCUCGCAGCUCCUCCUGCACGCCAACCAGCCCAAAGCCCCUCCUGCAGUCCCCCAAGCCUGCCCUGGCAGCACGGCCCACCAUCCCUCAGAAACCAAGAACUGCCUCCCGGCCUGAGGAUGUUCCAGACUCUCCAUCUGGCCCUAGCUCUCCUAAAGUUGCUCUUCUUCCUCCUGUCCUGAAAAAAGUUCCCUCAGAGAAGGAGAGAGAUGGGCAGAGUAGCCCGCAGCCCAGCCCCAGGACACAUUCCCAGGAAGUGUCAAGGAGGAGCUGGGGCCAACAGGCCCAGGAGUAUCAAGAACAAAAGCAACAGUCCUCCGCUAAAGACGGCCUCCAAGGCAGCAAGUCUAGUGACUCUGGCGAAGAAGCAGAAAAAGAAUUUAUUUUUGUGUAGAGGUUACCCAUGCCAAAGCCUUCGUGCACAGGGAGCGUCUGUCCGUCAUCAGAGAGGAACCAAGGCCAACACCUUUCCUACCCUUAUCGCAGUGCUUUACUCUCUUUCUUCUAGUCUUUUCUUUCCUUCUUCCCUUCCUUCCUGCCCCCCUUCCCUUCCUCUAUUUUUUUUUUUUUUUUUUUUUGGUCCCUGCUGCCUUCCUUCCUAUGUUUUUUUAGAAUAUAGAAACAGAGCCCUGUUUUGAUUGUUGAAGCACAUUUUUGGUCUUCCCCAGUCCUUGGUGUUGGCUUCCUAAACACUGCUUCCUAUGCCUUCCGUGAAAGCCAGCAAUUCUUCCUUGGGCCUUACUUGAAUUUCUCUGAGGCAGCUAGAGAUCGCCCCACAAGCUGGGCUUUCGGAGGUUGGUGGAGUAGCUGGACGCGCACUCGUGUGAGUGACUCCACCUGGAAGGCAGGGGCCGCUGCUGCAGGUGUUUGUGCCCAAUCUGCACCUGACUCGAGGUAGCAAUUCACUCUUGGCGUAUGCAAUUGCACAUUGUAAUUAUAUUAACAGAGCACAUUAAUAAAUAAUUUGUAUAAAUUAUAUAUAUUAGAUCUCGGGUAUGGUUUUUACAUUCUCCCAUGGGGAACUAACUUCCUUCCUUGAUGUGGAAUUGUACAUUUUAUAGCCUGGUGAGUGGCCUUCAUGUACUGUGGAUAAGCACCGUCAGAGGAGAGAUGCCAUGCCCGAUGCAGUGUACAUACUGGAUUGGAAUAAGGUUUUAUGAAUAUUCAUGUUUUCUGAAGGCCUUUAAUUUCUGUCUGCAUAUUAGCUUUUAAUGUGUGAUUUGAAAAAACAAUACUUUGACACCUGUAAAAAAAAAAUCAAAAUACUACCCUUUAUAUAACAUUUCACAAAUAUUCACCUACAUUACAGGCUGAAGGUAUUUUAUUCAUAUGUAUAUUUAUACCAAUAAAAUGAUUUUAC